AUGGAUAAAUUAUUCCGUGAACGUAAGUCGCUCGAACCGCGAAUUAAGCGGAUUUCCGACGUAGUGGCAAAAAUUAAUCCAGAAGUGGCUGAAGAAGUGGACGUGCAGACUGAGCUAGACGCUCUCGCUGAGCUUCUAAAGGCGGUGAAGAAUCGAGAGCACGUGGCUACAUCAUCAUCUUCCCAGCAUGACGUCAUAAAACAGCUCGCCGACCAACAGACCGAGUUUCUCCGCAUUAUGUCGAUCAAUAUGGCCACCCCAUCCAUCUCUUCUGGCGUCACUGCUGCUGCCUCCUCAUUUUCGGACCUGAAGUUGCCUCGGAUGAAUAUGCCCGUCUUUAGCGGUAAUUACCUGGAGUGGCAAUCGUUUUUUGACCUGUUCGACAGCUUGGUUCACAAAAAUCCAACGCUGAAGAACAGUCAAAGACUGUAUUUUCUAAAGACGAACCUCGCUGGUCAAGCUGCUUCCUUGAUUUCGCAUCUGAAAAUAGAGGACGCUAAUUACCAACCGGCGCUGCAAAAACUGAAAGCCAGGUAUGACAAACCACGUGAGAUCACCAAUCAGCACAUCAAGCGAUUCUUGGCGCAGCCAACGUUAACGUCAUCCUCUGCAAGUGGUCUACGAUCGCUACAUGACGUGUCAGAUGAGGUUAUUCGUGCUCUCAACGCGAUGGACAGAGAAGACCGCAACACGUGGCUCCUGUUCAUCCUAAGCGAAAAGGUGGAUCCAGAUACGAAACAGUUGUGGUGUCAAAAGAUUGCCGAAAUGGAAGAGGCAGAAAUUACGCUGGAGUGUUUCCUGAAAUUCGUCGAGUCACGCAGUUUUGCUCUUCAAUCAGCACAACCAGCCAAGCCGAAAACUAGUGUACCCUUCAAAGAGCCUUCAAAGCCUCAGCCUCAAUCGAGAGGUGCCACCGCAUUCGUCGCCACGAACCCUCCGUUCUGCAACGUGUGCAGCAAACAAAACCACCAUCUUUACCAAUGUGGAAAGUUCCUUCAUAUGAGCCACAACGAACGAUUCUCGCACGUCAACAGGAAAAAACUGUGCAAUAAUUGCCUGAAAGUACACCCCGGUGAGAGCUGUAAAUCAGGUACGUGUAGGAAAUGUGGCUUACCUCACCACACCUUGCUACACCCGGCGUCGUCAUCAGCAAGCCCACCAUCAUUCCCAACAUCUUCAGUCACGGCCCAGGCAAAUCCAGGGACAUCAUCUCAGUCCUUGAUUUCGGCCCUCGACUCACCAUCCUGCCUCGAUACAUCCAACGUUCUGCUUGCAACCGUCGCCAUCAACGUCUUGGAUGUCCACGGACGCCCACACGCCUGCCGUGCCGUAUUGGAUUGCGCGUCCCAAGUCAGUUUCAUUAGUGAAAGCUUCUGUAAACAACUUGGCCUCAAAACGAUAGCAGCCGACAUGGAUCUCGAAGGCAUUUUUUCCACUCUCGCGCACGCUGACAAGUGUGCCGAAAUCAUCAUCUCCUCUCGUUGCUCGGAUUACCGCACCUCUGUAUCAUGCGUGGUAUUGGAAAAAAUCACCAGAAUGUUGCCCGGCAAACCGGCGAAUAUCGACGAUUGGUCUAUGCCUGGAUCGAUACACCUAGCCGAUCCCCUCUUCCACCGCCCGGGUAAGGUAGAAGUAUUACUGGGUAUCGAACUUUUCUUUCAACUUCUCGAGCCUGGCAAAAUUGCUAUCAGUGCCGACGGCAGCUUACCAACACUGCAAAACACCAAACUCGGCUGGGUGGUUGCUGGUCGUUGUCAAGAGCCGAACACAUCGAGAGGUUCUCAAGUGUCGACUUGCCUAUUGGCUUCUACCGAAGACGAUCUUUCUCAGCAGCUACGCAAGUUCUGGGAACUCGAGGAGUAUGCCGUCGCAUCUAAACAUCUCACCGAAGAAGAGCAACGAUGCGAACAACACUUUGCAGAACACACCUACCGAAAUGAAUCGGGCAAGUUUGUUGUCCGUCUUUCUUUCUUGCACGAUCCCAACCAGCUAGGGGAGUCGAGGCAAAUUGCGGAAAAAAGAUUCCACCACAUCGAGAAAAAACUUGACCGCAACCCACAACUCAAAAGUGAGUACCACGCGUUCAUGCGUGAGUACAUCGAUCUCGGCCACAUGUCUCUCGUUGAUGAUACUUCUACAUCCAACAAAUCGGUGUAUCUCCCACACCACUGCGUGGUCAAAACAACGAGCUCAACUACUAAAUAUCGAGUCGUUGUCGAUGCGUCUGCAAAGACCACCAGCGGUCUCUCUUUGAACGAUGUACUUAUGUGUGGCCCAGUUAUUCAAGAUUCGUUGGUCAAUAUUUCGAUCAGAUUCCGCUUCCCACUAAUCGUACUCGCUGGUGAUGCAAAGCAAAUGUAUCGAAUGGUCUGGCUAAACGAACUCGAUCGUGACUUUCUCAAAGUUUUGUGGAGAUGGACUAAGGACGAGAUCUUGAGGGAGUAUCGUCUAAAUACAGUCACCUUUGGGACUAAAAGCGCUUCUUACUUAGCCACGAAAUGCGUCGAUCAACUCCUCGAUUCCUACCAGCAAAUAUACCCAGUGGCUGUUGGCAAGGCGAAGAAGGGCAUCUACGUCGAUGACGUCCUUACCGGUGCAGAGUCCGAAGAAGAAGCCAAAGAAGUACGAGAGCAGCUCACCGAAAUAUUUGCAGCCGGUGGAUUCCACCUGCGGAAAUGGGCCUCGUAUAGCGAAGCAGUCUUGGAAGGCGUUCCCGAAGCUGACUUGGAGGUGAAAAUUCCCAUCGAGGAGAACGGAAGCAUCAAGGCGCUCGGAAUGCAAUGGCAGCCGUGCAGUGACGAGUUCCACUUCUCUUAUCAACAAACCGAGAUCCUUCAGCCCACAAAACGCAUCAUCUUGUCGCAAAUCGCCAGCCUAUUUGAUCCGCUUGGCCUUCUAUCACCAAUCAUCGUUAAGGCAAAGCUGGUGAUGCAACGCAUGUGGGAGCUGAAGGUGGCCUGGGACGCAACUCCCCCCGGUGAGUUAACCAAUGAUUGGUUUGUAUUGGUACAAAAGUUUUCGUCUCUCAACUCUUUUCAGAUUCCCCGAAGAGUGAUCAGCGUACGGAACUGGUCUCGUCUCUAUCUGCACGGCUACUGCGACGCAUCCGACGUGGCAAUGGGCGCAUGCAUCUAUAUACGAGCCGUGGACGACAACGGUAACACUUCGUCGCAUCUUCUCAUCGCCAAGUCGAAACUGGCACCCAUCGGUAACGGUAGAACAACUACACCACGACUGGAAUUGUGUGCAGCGGUUAUUCUCGCUCGUUUGAUCUCCAACGUGAGAACAGCUGUCUUCCCUACUGAUUUCUACGAGAUUCGUGCAUUCUCCGAUUCAAAAGUGGUCCUGGCAUGGCUGGCCGGCGGUGCUGCAAGGUGGAAGACCUUUGUGGCAAAUCGAGUGGCGGAGAUUUCUACCCAUGUGCCGUCCAUCAAUUGGUGCCACAUAGGCACCUUUCUCAAUCCCGCAGAUCUGAUCUCGCGGGGCACAUUUCCUGACCAGCUUCAGGUGAACCCUCUCUGGUGGCAUGGGCCCGCCUGGGAACCAUCGUAUAUGGACAGUGAAUCAUCAACUAUAACCGACGAUCUCGACACUGAUGAACAACGACAAAUAGAAAGGGAGCAGCGAGUUACUGCAAUGACAUGCAUCGCAGUGUACGAAAAUCGAUUUAUGGACGAAAUGAUGAAAAGAUUUUAUCCUAAUCUGAAGCUACUAUUGCGUACGACCGCCCGAAUGCUUCGUUUUAGGUACCCUGAGUUCCGGAACUUCUCUCGACUCUCUUCAGAUGAACUCGACUACGCUCUGCAAAAAUAUGUGCAACACAUACAGCAACAACAUUUCUCCGGAGAUCUCAGUCGAUUACAACGAGGUCUCAGCGUUACUCGAAGCAGUCCGUUACACCAACUCAAACCGUUUCUUGACGAAAACGGUGUCGCCAGGGUGGGCGGAAGGCUACAGCAAUCGGAUUUGAGCUACGACAACAAACAUCCAAUCUUGCUGCCUCGACAUUCAAUCUUGACGUCACUCAUCCUGCUACACGAGCACCAAGAGCAUCUGCAUUGUGGUCCUCAGUCGUUGUUAGCAGCUUGUCGCACACGGUUCUGGAUACUGCGAGGUAUUAGUGCUGCUCGUAAGGUGUGUCGUGAUUGUGUGAUCUGCAGUCGAGCCCUGCCAGCACGUAUCACUCAACAGAUGGGACAGUAUCCAGUGGACCGUUUGAAGCCAUUUCCACCAUUUACCAUCACUGGUGUUGAUUACGCCGGUCCGGUGAACCUUGUAGGACGUCGACGCCGAGGUGCAGUACCAUCGAAGGGAUACAUUGCGCUCUUCGUCUGCUUUGGGACGAGAGCAGUGCAUCUAGAGGCAGUCUCGGACCUAAGUGCAUCAGCAUUUCUCGCCGCCUUCACACGAUUUACUAGUCGGUAUGGAGUACCAAGCAAAAUGUACUCUGACAACGCUACGAAUCUCCGGGCAGCGGCGAAGAAACUUCGAGAACUCUACCAGCAGAUCGACUUUACCGAACACAGCGAUGAGGUCAACGAUUUCCUCCCGCUCGAUCUCCCCACCACGGCGGGUUAUGGGAAGCUGGUUGCUGCCUGCAUGAAUUCUCGUCCAAUUUGUGCCCUUUCGGACAACUCUUCCGAUCCUCAACCUCUUACACCCGCACACUUCCUAAUCGGGCGUCCUCUAGACGCUCUCCCAGAGGUCAACCAUCUCGAGCAGCAGAUGAGCGCGCUUUCGAGGUGGAACUAUGUUCAGCGUCUCGCCCAGGACUUCCGAGCACGAUGGCAAUCCGAGUAUGUGCUGUCGCUUCAAAGGAUGGCGAAAUGGCAAGCAUCGUCCCCCAAUGUUGCCGUAGGUGACUUCGUACUACUCGUUGACGACCACGAGAAACCGCAGCAAUGGCCCUUGGGACGUAUUCUGGAGCUUUUCCCCGGGAGCGAUGGUCUCGUCCGAGUUGUCUCGGUUAAAACGGGCAACAACACCUUCCGCCAAGACGUCAGGAAGCUGCGACGAUUCCCUCUCGACAGUGACGAGUACUUGCCAGGACAAAACGGGUCGAAAAUUCCUACUCGUAAUUUGGUGGGCGGAUUAUGUUCGCACCAGAAUGAGCGACGCUACCCUACUCGCAGCAGCAGUAGAAGAAAUGAACUGUGUCCACCAACAAAAGAAUAA